UGGCACACAGCCCUCACUGCGGCCUGCGAGCGCCGAUCUGAUCUGCCAAGCUCUGAGGAGGGUGCCUCGGCUACAGGUGGACACCGAGAGUCCCCAGGAUUUCCAGGACAAUGCCGUCCUCUGUCUCAUGGGGCCUCCUGCUGCUGGCCGGCCUUUGCUGCUUGCUCCCGGGACUCCAGGCUGAAGAUGCUCAGGAGACAGGUGCUCCCCAGCAGGAGCAAGAGCCCCCGGCCUUUCACAGGAUUGCCCCACACCUGGCCGAGUUUGCCUUCAGCCUGUACCGGGAACUGGCCCGCCAGUCCAACACCAGCAAUAUUGUCUUCUCGCCCGUGAACAUUGCCACAGCGCUGGCCAUGCUGUCCUUGGGGACCCAGGGCGCCACCCACUCCGAGAUCCUGGAGGGCCUGGCCUUCAACCUCACAGAGACACAGGAGGCAGACAUCCACGCGGGCUUCCAGAACCUCCUCCACACCCUCAACAAGCCCAGCAACCAGCUCCAGCUGACCACCGGCAGCAGCCUGUUCGUCGACAAGAGCCUGAAGCUCCUGGAUGCGUUCUCACAGGACGUCAAGAACCUGUACCACGCGGAAGCCUUCUCCGUCGACUUCACCGACCCGGAGGAGGCCAAGAAGCAGAUCAACAAAUACGUGGAAAAGGGAACCGAGGGGAAAAUUGUGGAUUUGGUGAAAGCACUGGACAAAGACACCGUGUUAGCCCUGGUGAAUUACAUUCUCUUUAAAGGCAAGUGGGAGAAACCUUUCGACCCGGAGCAGACGACUGAGGGGGACUUCCACGUGGACGAGGCCACCGUGGUGAGGGUGCCCACAAUGCACCGGCUGGGCAUGUUCCGGGUGUACUACUGCAACACGCUGUCCAGCUGGGUGCUGCUGAUGGAUUACCAGGGCAAUGCCACUGCCAUGUUCUUCCUGCCAGACCCCGGCAAGAUGUCACACCUGGAGGCCACACUCAACCUACAGAUCAUCUGCAAGUUCCUGUACAAAGAGAAGAAGAGCUCUGCACAAGUAUCCUUCCCCAAGCUGUCCAUCUCCGGGACCUACGACCUGAAGACAGUCUUGAGUGCGUUGGGCAUCAGCACGGUCUUCAGCAAUGGCGCUGACCUCUCCAAGGUCACAAAGGAUGCCCCACUGAAGCUCUCCAAGGCUGUGCACAAGGCUGUGCUGACCAUGGACGAGAAAGGAACCGAGGCGGCGGGGGCCACCGCUCUGGAAGCCAUUCCCAUGUCUCUUCCCCCCGAGGUUAAUUUCAACCACCCGUUCGUUAUCAUAAUCAUUGAUAAUAAGACUCAGAGUCCCCUCUUUGUAAGCAAAGUGGUGAACCCCACAGAGCAGUGACCGCUCUGGGCAGGUGCCCUCCUUGAUGGCAUUAAACACGGGCCAAGCUGGCCCAGGCCUCACUCGGGGUCACCUUCCAGUCUG